GAAGAGGGCAACAAUGCGCUUGUCGAAUGUAUGCUGAAGUGCGUCCAGUGCUGCCUGGACUGCUUCCGACAGAUCGUUGAAUUCCUGAACAAGAAUGCCUACGUGCACAUGGCCAUGAAGUCCACUGACUACUGUUCAUCUGCCAGGGAGGCCGUGUCCGUGAUCGCGCAGCUGCCGGUGGCCAUGGCGGUGCUGAACGGCGCGACGCUGGUCUUCACCUUCUUUGGCGGACUCUUCAGUGUGCUCUGCUGCGCCGCCGUUACGUUCCUGCUCACCAGCACGCCCUCCUUCUCGGCGCCAGAUGCGCCGCUCUUUGUGGACCAGCCGGUAGCCGUAGCUUGUGCAGCCGGCUUCAUCGGAGGUGCCGUGUCCUUGUGCUUCAUGGCCGUCUUCGACAUGGCCACGGAUGCUUUGCUGUAUUACUAUGGCCUGGACUGGCUCUAUGGCCGAGGAGGCGAGUUUAGCAAUGCACCGGAUGGCAUCAAAGAGCUGAUGCACGGCAAUCGGCACUGA